CCGCGAGCGGGGCAGGGUGUCCGGCUUCCGUUUCCGCGCGACGGAAGUGACGCAGCGAGCGGAGCAGAGCGGGGCCCGGGAUGAGCCGGCUGCUGUGUGCGCCGGCGGCCGGGGCCGCCCGGGCGCUGGGGCUCGCGCACCGCGCCGUCCGCCGCCUGCACCCGCCGCCCGCGCGGGGCGGGGACGACGACCUCGGCCGCCCCAUCCAGUUCUCGGCCAGCCGGGCGUCCCCGGCGCGCUGGACGGUGGAGCAUUCGCUGGGGCGGGAGCAGCAGCGGCCCUGGUGGCUGGUGCUGCCCUUCAGCCUGUCCCUCAUGCUGCUCGUCGGCUGGUGCUUCCUGCGGGAGGAGAGCGGCACCGACCUCUGGCUGCGGCAGGUGCUGGACGGGGAGGAGCCCGAGCCGGCCGCGCGCGGGGAGCGGGCGUGACCGCCGGCCGGAGCCGGCCUGCGCCUCUGCGGGGCCUCUGCGGUGCGGGCACCGGCCUGACCACGUGUGAUCGCCGCCCGUGCUGUCCGAGCUGGACGUCUGUGGACACUUCCUGUUCGGAAGCGACUCUGGGAGCACCUAAGUGACCCUGGGGCUGCACUCCCGGGCCACGUCGUUGUUCUUCUUUGAGGGGCAGGUGGCUGACAUAAAGGGCUAAGCUAUUUUAUUUUA